AUGAACUUGCUUCACUUCGCUCUUCUUCUCAAGAUCAUCUUCCUUCCGGUGGGCUCUGUGGCACAAAAUGGCGGGAACAGCACGGAUCUUGAAGUCCAGCACACCAUCCCCGGUACCGGGAUUGCUGCUGUCAACUCUGUAAACUUGUUACGAAUCUAUAGCCAAGAUACAUCGGGUGGUAUCCGCGAGGCCAGAUUUGAAGGACAGUGGAGUGGGGGUCUACAAAAUGACACUAUUGCAACAGCCAAGAUCAACUCGUCGAUUGCUGCUGCGUCUGAUGAUCUGGAUUUGACUCGUGUCUACUAUAUCACACCUAACAACAGCCUAGGCGAAGUGGCAUCGGACCUUCAGGGUAAAUGGUACACCGGCUCAUUGAAUCGCUACAGUUUUCGAGUUGCACCUCAUUCGAAGCUGGCCGCUAUUUUCCUUCCCAGAAAUCGGAGUCCGAGCUUACGCGUAUAUGCUCAACUCCAAGAUGAUACCAUACAAGAGUUUGGUUAUGACGCUAUAGCGGCUGCAACUUACCUCGCCAGACUACGGAGAUCAAACAUUCGUAUCUACUUCCAAGCCACAAACAGCCACGUCGUCGAAAGGAUCCAUGACGGUCAAUCUUGGAGUGAUGGAGGCAUAGUUAUUCGAGCCGCCAAGCCACGCACCCCUCUAGCAGCCACCAGCUUCUUACUUCAGCCUGGCGAUCCCCGGAGUGUUCGAGUUUAUUAUGGUACCGAAGACAACCGCAUACUUGAGAAGGGAACUGAUGGCGAAAACCAAUGGUACGAUGGCGCAUUUACGCAUUCGAGCAUCCCCGGGUCCCAGGUAGCUGCUGUGGAUUGGGGGAACGGCGGUGUGUUUAACAUCAGAGUCUAUAUCCAGGAUGGUGCUUUUAAGACCGGGAUAAGUGAGUGGGCUUGGUUCCGCCGUUCCUGGCGUCGGGGAGUCCUUGCUAUUCCCCCCGCAUAA